UUCUUUCCAUUUCUCUGCAGACAUGGGAGUGCUUAUGUCAAAGAAGCAGCAGGUGGAGAAGGUGCAGAAAUGCAGUGCGGUCGUCUCGGCCUUCCAGGCCGGCAUUAAGGAUCGUGCAGUCAAGCAGACAGACGCGGAAGUGGGGGAAGGUGUAGAAGAUGCCAAAACYUCAGCCGGUCCCAACGACAAAAACACAGAGGAAGUCAGACCAGAGGAAACAGACAAUAAYGCAGGUCCGUCAACCUCCCAACAGGCCUCCGCUCCAGUUAGAGAUGAAUGUAAAGUCAACCAGGAAGCGUGGUCGAGGUUAAGGGACGGGAAAGGUGUGGAGCCGGAAGACCUCGACAAGAGCCAUCAACUCACACCUCCUGCUUUUGUCCGACCAAAAAGGGAACCGGAUGAUGACCAGCCUGUUGAGGUGGACCUGGAAAACAAAGAGCAGCCGCCGAGCGACGAGAUGUGUGAUGUCUGUGAGGUGUGGACGGCGGACGACCUCUACCCCUGCAGGAUCUGCACGCGGGUGUUCCAUGACGGCUGUCUGAGGGAGCUGGGAUAUCUUCGUGCCGAGGCCUUGCAGGAGAUGAGAGACACGGCCCACACUGUGACCGGCUGGAGCUGCUACUAUUGUGUGAGUCAGCAAUGGACAACCAGCAUGAACUCGCUUUAUAGUGCAGUUGCCGUUGUAGAGUCAUGCCUGGUGUCAGAUGAGCUGCUGCAGUACCGCCACUUUGUAUCCAAGCAGCAGUUUGAGAAGGACCUGAGUGAUGAGCAAGAGGAGGAGGUCUUAGCCCAGUUUGCUUCUCUGGAUCCUGAGAAGAAGGGUCACAUCGAAUGGUCAGACUUUCUCUACUUUGAGUCGCUGGCUGUUCUAAGGAAUUUCAGGACUGAGAACUCACUGGUGCGUCUGUUGAGCGCUAAGGAGAGAAACAAGGCAAGAGCGGUUUUUCAAGGACUGGUCACGGAAAAAGACGACGUGGUCACCAGAGCAGAAUGCCGCCAGGCCCAGCAGUCCUGGUUCCACAAGCUCAAAGAUCCUCAAUCCUGCAAUGUGAGCAUAAGUCAUGUUGGGCCCAUCUGUGAGAGCAGUCCAGCCAGCUCUGGAAGCGAAAGGAGCAAGACUGAUGAAAACAGGCCAUUGACCUGGGCAGACUUUUUAAGCGAGAGUGCCAUCUACAUUUUGGCAGCUCGGCCUAAUAGCUCUGCCAUGCACAUCCGGAUGCCUCUAUAGUCCAGGUUCCUCCAGUGCAGCCUGCAGAGAGAGGAAGAGCGACGUAGUCCACGGAUGAACAGGGGGAAGAGAUAAACAUGCCGACAUGAUGUCAUGACGAGUGAGACUGAGGAAACCGAUUGAAGCACCAAGAGGUAGUAGCGAAUGAAGCAAUCAUCAGAAACUCUCCUCUCCAGUGUCACUUCAGCACAACAACACAGGCAACAUGAAUGUGUUUGAUACACAGACACCCCAAGUGGAAGCAGCUGUCACAGCUCCAAACACCAAACAGUUUCCAAAACGCGUAAGAGAUACGAUGGGAAGGACAGCCACCCCUCUUCAUGAUUAGCCGGUUUGUGAAAUUUCUGAAACUUUGGGUGUCUCUAUUAAAAGCCAGGAUGCUAAAAGUGACAAAAUGCCAUCUGAGGUAAAUAACACACAUUUCCAAGUGGGUUCGUUAGUGUGACAAGCUGUUGCUCUGUUCCAAGUAUUUACUUCAARCUUCACCAUGUGCUUAUGACAAACACGUGACAUUGUAUUGGGUUUUCAGUUCACCAUCAGAGCCCCUGGYKAAUCARUGCURUCUACAUACAAUAAAAGCCAACUGCUACACACACCAAUAUAAAUUAUUAUUCAUUAAAGCUGUAUUUAUUCCUGUAUCUUUAGACGUAUCCUCUGUUUAUCCCAGUUUCAUCCAAGAAUAUGUGUUCUUCUGAAAUACUAACUGUGAAAAGGAUGUGAACRUUAAUGAAAGCUAACCUUCAAAGUGACAUGUACGUAUAUGUAUAUAUGCUGCCAUAUAGUCCUAUUGCUUUUGUUGUGCUCUCCGAGCUGCACUAUGACAACGUAAAAACAAUCGCUUGUUUCGUUCUAAUCACAAUAUUUGCACCGUGAGAAUGAUAUAAAAUUUAAUCAUUGUCUGACAUAAACACUGUAAUGAAUUAGUGAAAGAAAGUGAGAUGCGACAGAAAUGGGGUUUCUUUCCUAACAGGCGUAGCUAUUGAGAGAAAAGAAAAGGGUUGCCAGGAAAAAGAUGGACUGAAAGAGUGUAAAUGAGAUUUCCCUUUAAACCGYUGGGGCAUUGGACAUUGUGUAGUGUAUAUGAACGAUGUAUGCCUUGUUCUUUUAAUGAAUAAAGUGUAGAAAUAAGAUUUAAACUUGUCGGUUGAAGAGAUAUGUCACAGUGUUGUAAUAAACACUUGGAAUUUACACUUUA